AUGAAUGCUGAGAGUUGCGUGCCGUUCUGCGAUCCGACGGCUGCUACCAUGGAUUCCUUCUACAACGCCGCCUCGCAAGGCAGCGUCGACGGCUCCUCGCCUUUUAGGGCAUUUCCCGGCAGCAGCGACAAAUUCAGCUCCGCUUUCCUGGCCAGCAAAGGACAAAGCUUUGGAGACAGCGGCGGAGGAGGCGGCGGUAGCAGCGGCAGCAGCAACAACAGUCCCAAGCGCCGGAGCCGCUACAGCCAGCCGGAAUGUCCGUCUCUGGACGGCAGCGGCGCGCAGCAGCCACAGGCGCUCCCGACCGCCGCCGCCGCUUCCACCACCACCGCGGCCGCCGCCUUUAACAAGUACCACUUGCAGCCCCCGCCGCCGCUCUACGGGCAGCGCGGCUCUUGUAAAAGCCCCCCGAGCAGCAACCUCAAGUUGCAGGACGCCAGCGGCCACAACGGAGCCCUGCAGCUUUCUUGCUUCGCUAAAGAAAGUUCACUGGGAGAGACUGAAUUACAGCCAGGAUCUGAUUCUGCUGGAAUGGAUAGUAGUUAUCUCAGCGUGAAAGAGACCAGUGCGAAGACGUCCCAAGAGAGGGCAAGUAAUGAUCUUCCCAGUCCAAUGGACAAGACUGAUUCGGAGAGCAACAAGGGCAAGAAGAGGCGUAAUCGCACCACCUUCACCAGCUACCAGUUGGAAGAGCUGGAAAAGGUCUUUCAGAAGACCCAUUAUCCAGAUGUCUAUGCCAGAGAGCAAUUAGCCAUGAGGACAGAUCUCACUGAAGCCCGAGUACAGGUUUGGUUUCAGAACCGAAGAGCAAAAUGGAGAAAACGAGAGCGAUUUGGUCAAAUGCAACAGGUUCGCACACAUUUCUCCACUGCCUAUGAGUUGCCUUUGCUAACUCGGGCAGAAAACUAUGCCCAGAUACAGAAUCCUUCCUGGAUCGGCAACAACGGUGCCGCCUCCCCUGUGCCUGCCUGCGUAGUGCCCUGUGACUCGGUGCCUUCCUGCAUGUCUCCCCAUGCUCAUCCCCACACCACCGGAGGAGUCUCUGAAUUCCUGAGCGUCUCGGGUCCUGGCAGCCAUGUGGGGCAGACGCACAUGGGCAGCCUCUUUGGCAGCGCUGGCAUCAGCCCCAGCAUCAAUGGCUAUGAGUUGAACGGCGAGCCGGACCGCAAGUCUUCCAGCAUUGCAGCCCUGCGGAUGAAAGCCAAGGAGCACAGUGCCGCCAUAUCGUGGGCAACAUGACAGGGCUGCUGCUUUUGCCCUCGAGAAACGGACACCUCAAACAGGACAGAUGACCCAAACCCUCCGCUCUUGGACUGGGGGCAGUGUGCGCCCUCCUCAGAGGUCUGAAUGCAGCACUUUUCGCUUCCUUAGAGAGAAUGGCAUGGUGCCGAUUGCCGUUUUUGGAGUGUUUUAAGCAUGUAGGCCUUUUUUUAUCCCCUUUCCCAGGAACAGGAAUGUGGAAGUCAAGAGGGGAUAUUUCUCCUGCAUCAGACAAUCUUGAGUUUUCAAUUCCCCUUGUGCUGUUGUUCUCCUGAUUGCAAGUUUGCCGUUGUUCUUGCUCUAUCUAGCAUGAAAGCUGCCUCCCACCAAGGCUUCCAUCAUGCAAUCGUUGGCCUUUUUCCACAGAAAUAUUGGGGUGGGGUGAGGAUUCCAAAGUGUGCUGUCUUUCUUUUUAAAUAGUCCUGUAUUUUCCCAUGACAUCCUCCCUCCCUUCUUCCUUCCCCCCUCUCCUGCUCACAUUUUUGGCUACAGAAAGUCUAUUAAAGCGGAGGUGGGUGGGGGAGAAAUAGCUACACAGGGUUCCUUGAUUGGUAGCAUUAGGAGCCCUCCAUCUGGAAGUUCAUCUGAUUUC